AUGUCCGACGACAAAAUUUCCAUCUACGAUGAGAUCGAGAUCGAAGACAUGACAUGGGACGAGGACAUGCAGAUCUACCACUACCCUUGCCCCUGCGGCGACAAGUUCCAAAUCGCCCUAGCCGACUUGCGGGACGACGAGGAUAUUGCCGUUUGUCCUAGCUGCAGUCUCAUGAUCCGCGUCAUCUUUGACAAGGACGAUCUCCCCAAGGACCCCGAAGAUGAAGCCGAGCCCGCUGUUGAGGAGGCGUCUGCUCAGAUCCCUGUUGCCGCUUGA